AAGAGGAUAGAGAAUACAGAGUUUACUAUGGAGUCCUCCGGAAGAGUUUGUGUACAAGGAAAGAAUGCGAUAAAUUAAGAAAGCCAAGUGCUGUGGUCAUCAGUCGGCGGAUAUUGGAGUUGGAAGUUGAUCAAGACGACGAACACUUACACGGCAUGGAGGAUUGAAUUUUCAGGUUUUCUGUCCAUUUGUUUGUCUGCGGUCAUUUGCAUGACUCCGACCGACUCCGUGCCUUUGUUUUUCACAGUCCAGCGGUUUCUGCGUGACAUUCGAUGUUAACCAGUAUGACCGGUCCAUAACAACACGUCACCAUCAUGGAGUCUGCCUCUGUUGCAAGUCCCAGAUUUUGUAGUAGGAUGACUAAACACAUUGCCUGCUUCGUUUCGUUCUCCAAUUAUUUUUCAAUAUUUUGCAAAAUUCCACGGAUCAUGUGUUGACAAAGGCUAUCGCCGUUCCAUUUUGCCAUGAAUUAUUUUCCAUCUCUAUUUAUUUCGCUUUUAUUCCUUGGUCUUAUGAGGCGAAUUCAAGCCCCGAGUGGGAACGAGAAAGUGUCAAGUAUUCCUGAACAAGGAAAACUAGAAUUAUCACCUUCAUCCAACGAAGAGCUUUCCAAAACAGAUGAUGUCAAGCAGUCUGAAUCAUCCAAGGAUGCACCAGUGCUAAUGCAAAAAUUAUCAACAGCUUUGCCUUCUUCCUCAUUACACCUUGAAGAACUUGUUACUCCAACUGUGGCUCCUGCCACUCCUAGCUUUGAUACAGAGUCUACUGCCACCUUAAUCACUGGUAGUAGCUUUGCAUCUAAUCCACAGACAAAUGGUCAGGUGGCAUCAUCUGUGAUACUUAUUCCUCCCAAUAAUUCUGGUCAGGUUCAGUCAUCAGACUCCAUCAAUGGUUUGAAGGAAAGAAGUCCCUUUGAGCCUGUCCCUACAAAAGGACCAGAAGCUUUGAUAUCAGUCCUGGACACUGCCCCUCCGAAUCCUAUUAGUAAGGCACCAGUUCCCACUCCACCUACUCCAGCUGCAUUGGUAAAGGAAGAUAAAGACAGCAUUACAGCUGAUUUAAACCAGGCAGAGGAAGAAAGUAAACCCAAGGAAGAGGAGAUGCCAUCAUUUGACGAAUUUAAGAGAAGGGUCUUGCAAGAGGAAGAAGAGAAGAGCAAACAACAGACUGCCCAGAAUGCUAGUGGACCUACACACAAACCCAAACCCAAAAGAGUCAAGGAGAGAAAACAGAGUAACUAUGCAUCUGUGGAUUGUGGUGCUAAGAUUCUGGACCACAAUGAGGAGGCUUCAAAUGCUGAUAGUAUUUUAAUGGAGAACAAAGACUUGUAUAUGUUAAAUCCAUGCAGUGCUAAAGUGUGGUUUAUUGUUGAGCUUUGUGAUGUAGCUCAAGUUAAGAGCAUUCAGAUUGCCAACUUUGAGGUGUUCUCUUCAACACCAGAAAGCUUUAGCGUUUACGUUAGCACAAGGUAUCCAACAAGAGAAUGGACAAUGCUUGGAACCUUUGAAGCUCGGGAAGAAAGAACAGUACAAACCUUUCCUUUAGAUGAACCAAUUUAUGCCAAGUACCUUAAGGUUGAGAUGUUGAGUCACUUUGGUUCAGAGCAUUACUGUCCCCUUAGUCUUCUGCGGGUGCAUGGAAGUAGUAUGAUGGAAGAGCUUGAAGAUCAUGAAACAGAUGGACAAGAUGACAGUGAUAACUCGGACAGCGAGCAAGAUAUUCCACUCUUGCCAUCUGAACCAGGGGCAAAGGCUGAAGAUGAACUUAAGAAGCCAAACUUCCUUGAGCGUGCUGCUGAUACUGUGAUGAACAUUGUCAAGAAAAUUGCAGGAAAGGAGGAGGGAAAUAGAAAUGGUAGUGAGAAAGGAGAGCAACAUGAUGAUUCCAUAAAAUCUGUUACCAAUGGUGGAACAGCUUCCAGUGAGAUUGAAUCCAAACAUAAACAUAAAAUUGUUACUCUUGUUGGUCAAGAAGAACUUGAAGAAAACCCAGUGGAAAACAAGACAAACAAUGAUAGUGAUAUUGGGAAUAAAAAACUUCCCAUAGACAAGGGGAUGUCUCACACACAAGAACGAAAACCCAUGACUGUAAACAGUAGCAGUCCAAAGACCUCACUGUGUGAGGAUAUGGAAAGUGGUUCUGAAUCCAAAACAACAUGUCCAGUUUUAACUCGUUGUCAGUCAUUUGCUCAGGUAAUUGGCCAAUAUUGUUUAGGAUGUUUCAUGGGACGAUUGAUGUUCUCCAAGAACAGUUACAAGGAUUCCACAUUUCUAAGAACUGCUGUGAAGGAUAGAAGAACUGUUUUAAGUCCUGUUCAGAAGUUAAAAUUUGACAAGAAAGAAGAUGAAUUUUCUGGAAGCCAACAACGAUAUGAACAAGGAGAAAGGGAAAAACAUGUGGUACAGGACAACAUCAAGGAAAAGAAAUCUGUGAGUGAAAGUAUAAUGCAGCAUAAUGUCCGAUCUAAAGAAGAAAAUCCGCAGUCUUCUGUCAAUAUUCCCAGCUCAUCCUCCACCAAUUGGGAUGGUAAAAGUGGAGUUCCUGUUUUUAUGCCAUUAAACAUUGCAGAUAAUAUUGUCUCCAGUGAAAUUGUAAAACCCAGUCACUCAGGAAGCUCUUUGGCUAUGAAAAGUGACAUACCCGACAUCAACACACCUUCAUUAGUAAAAGUUUCAGUCGUUUCAGAAGCACCUUUGAAUUCUGCUCUGUCAUCAUCUUCCUCCUCUCCGACAUAUCAAAGUUCAGAGUUAUCUGUAGUUAAAGAACCUGAAGCAAACUAUAUUCAAGAACCAGCUGAUGCCAAAAAGAUGCAAAAUGUUAAGGAACAGACCACACAUGGAAGUUUGUUAUCCACUAGCCUGUCAUCUACACUGGACCGUGAAGGUGCUUCAUCAGUACAAAAGGAUGGGUUCAAAGAAGUUCCAGAGUCUGUUCAGUCAGAUAUGAACUCUUUUCCUAAAGCUGAAGAGAAGAGGGAGCCUGAUAUGCCAGAUGAAUUAGGAGGAUAUAAGGACAAUGAGGUCCAUGCAACUCCAACGGAAUGCAAAUCUCCAAACUCACUACACACUGUACCAUUUUCGUCUCCAGAUAUUGAUGUCCUGGAGACAAAACUCACUGAUAAAGAAGGACGAGAAGGAACUGCUCAACUGCGUGAAGAAACUCAGGUUGAGAAAGACUACCCUUCAUCAAAUGAAAAGAGUGAUUCCAAGGAAAAUGAAGGGCAGGUAACUGAUUUUUCAAACAAGAUUGUUGAAUCUGAAGGCUUGGGAGAUAAAGGGAUUCUUCCUAACAUGGAAAGCCAGGGUAGUGCUGGUACUGGUGAAAGUACUACAUCAACUGCUGUGGGGGAGUCCCAAAGUGUUAAUCCAACAGCUCAGCCUUGUGUUGGUUCUACAAGUGACCCUAAUGACCAGUUUGAGGCAGUCCUUCCAUUGCCAGCUCCCCCUGUAGCAAGUUCAAGCAACCAGGAGUCUAUCUCUGUAGCAUCAUCGGACACCAGUCUGGAUGCCACCAUGCUUAGUAGAGCACAACAGCAAGUAUCAGGCUCGUCAGCUGGUGUGGCCUCAGUGGUUGGUUCUGGGGUACAUAAGGAGUCAAUUUUUGUCCGUCUCAGCAACAAGAUCAAGGCUUUAGAACAGAACCUGAACAUGAGCACACUGUACAUGGAACAGCUAAACCAGAGGUACCGGAAAUCCCUGGAUGACCUUCAAAAGAACUCAGACAAGAAAGUUGCCUUAUUAACAAAUGCCACAAAGAAAGCAGAAAAUGUGAUUAAUAACCAAAAGGAACAAAUUGCUAAACUGCAGUCUGAGGUGGAUAAUCUGACCAGUAUGAUGGUGGAAAUGAAGGCUCGCAUGGAUCCUUUAAACAAGGAAGUUAUGGAGAGGCAUGUGAUUGGUCUGUUUAUAGAGAUUGCCUUGAUCUUGCUCUUGUUUUUUGUGUUUACCAAGAGAAACAACAAUAACAACAACAACAACAUUCCUGAGGCCCUUAGGGAGUCUGAACACUUCUUGAACGGCAAGGGCCCCUCAAGGUUGGCAAUUGAAGAUGACCAUAACAAGACUAGUAUAAUCCACAAGACAGCCUCUCUCAGUGGAAGAGAGCAGCUCCUUCGUAGUUUUGGAAAGCCGCCAGAACCGGAGUCUGUCGGCUCGAGUAAUAUUGCAGAUGGCCAUGAGAGCAAACUAAACAAGACAGAACCGUUCAAUUCUAAUGACGGUAAGAAGAAACGUAACCGCAAACGCAAAGGAUCCAGUCCCGAGCCUCCCCCUGACAGUCCUUCUUGUGCUGACACACCCAGUCCUGGAAGUUUUCUCAGUCGAACUGCAGGCCUACUCUUCUUGAGUGCUCGCGGACUCUUUGGUGGUUUCCACAAUCCAUGGAAAUUGAAGAAGCCAUCGACUGUACAUAGUGAUCCUGUCCUCUCUACAAGAUCGGGAGACAGCCUCGUGGGUGAAACUCAAAGACUAAGGCCUCCUGUGUUAUCAAGAGCUAGGAGUUUAGACUCGGUUCCAGAGGAGACACCUUCACAGAGAAUCGCACCUCCGCCCCCACCACCCCCUCUCCCACCGGAGUUUGGAGUCGCGUUUAAGCGGCCCCCUGAUUGUUCUUACUCUAAGAAGACCAGCGUCAGGAACAUAACGCCUGGCCCUAAAAAAUAUGGAAAAUAUGGCGUCUUGGAUUCCCAGCUUGCGUAACUUGGGCCCCUCGAAAACCAAACCCAUUCCUCAACUUAUUUUGGCAGCACGUUUCAGUGGCGAAGUUGAAGAAUGCGAUUGGUUUUCGAGGGAUUUCUGACAGAGAAGUCAAAAAAAGGAGAGAAAAUGUCAUAGGAUGUCUUUUGUUGAACGUCCUUUGAAAUUUUCACCCAACGUGGAAAUGAAGUACUCGAUUAGCAGUAGCUAAAACUGAAACAACGUUCUCUUAUUAGCCUAAAGGUGGAUAUGUAACUUAUAUUUUUUCUAUGAUUCGUGGGAAAAUCGGUAAACCAGCUACCAGUUGGGUUUAACUGUAUUUAGUUGGCCUUUUCCAUAAUAGCAUAGAGAACCAGUAUAUUGCUAUACGCAGUUACUUCGUGGGUUCUUAGCUGGAUUAACUCAGUAAUACAGUGGAGUACCUCUAGAUCAAAUAUUUUUCUCACAAAUGCUGCGCAUAAGUUUCCUCUCCAGGAAAGUACCAUUUUAAGGUAGAGUCAUAUUUUGCAGCAAAAUGAAUGAGUCGUUGAACCAAACGAAUGUAAUGUGUAAUACAUAAAAGAUAAUUCCGCCAUUGGUAUCAAGAAUAUAAUAUAUAUUUUCAUAUUUUAGACAG